AUGGGGCUCCGGUGGCUGCUGGCGCUGGCGCUGCUGGCGUGGGCGCGCGGGGUGGCCGCGGGCGCCGAGGCCGUCGGGAACGCCAGCCAGGGUUUCCUUGAGUUCUCCGUGGGGAAGUUCAGAUACUUGGAGCUCAGCAGAGCUUCUCCAGAGGAAGCUAUAUUGCGUGAUAUUUCCAGCAAUGUGACCUUUGUCAUUUUCCAAAUACACUCCCAGUCACAGAACACAACCGUCUCUUCUUCUCCGACUUUCCUGCCCGGUUCCUCGGCCACGGGCACUGACGGAGGGCUGGCUUUCAUCCUGACACCGGAGCAGAGUGUGUGCUCCUGGUACCUGCAGACUGCCGCGGCGGCGCCUGUCCAGAGUGUGGCCAUCCCGCUGUCCUACUCGGAAACAGAUCCUAUCCCCGGAGGCUGUAACUUGGAGUUUGAUUUAGAUAUCGAUCCCAACAUUUACGUGGAGUAUAACUUCUUUGAAACCACUGUCAAAUUUGCCCCAGCAAACCUUGGCUAUGCACGGGGCGCAGCUCCUCCGUUGUGUGACGUUGGGACAGGCCGGGACUCCAGGUGGAGGCUGCAGUAUGAUGUCUACCGGUACUUCCUGCCCGAGAACGACCUUGCCGAGAAGGUGCUGCUCCGGCACCUGCAGAGAAUGGCCGAGGUGUCGCAGGUCAAGGCCAGUGCCGUCAAGGUGGUCACCCUGACUGCUGACGAUAAGACGGAAGUUUCCUUCUCCUCCAUCCGGGGACAAGGUGUCAUUUACAACGUUAUCGUCCGGGACCCGUUCCUCAACUCCUCUGCUGCCUACAUUCCUGCCCACACAUACGCUUGCAGCUUUGAGGCCGUGGACGGCGGCUGCGCCUCUCUCGGAAGAGUCUCCACUAAAGUGUUCUUCACUCUUUUCGCCCUGCUCGGUCUCUUCAUCUGUUUCUUGGGACACAGAUUCUGGAAAACAGAAUUAUUCUUCAUAGGUUUUAUCUUCAUGGGCUGCUUCUUCUACAUCCUGGUCGCCAGGCUGACGCCCCUUAAAUACGACGUGCGUCUGAUUCUGACCGCCGUGGCUGGCAGCGUCGGGGGCCUCGUCCUGGCGGUGGUGUGGUGGCGAUUCGGAGUCCUCCCGCUCUGCAUGCUGUGUGUGGGGCUGGCCCUGGGCUCGCUCGUGGCCUCCGUGGUCCUCUUCACUCCACUUGGAAACCUCCAGGUGUUCCGCGAUGAUGGUGUGUUCUGGGUGACUUUCUCCUGCGUGGCUGUGCUUGUUCCCGCCGUCUUCAUAGGCUGCCUGAGGAUACUGAACAUCCUGGCCUGUGGAGUCCUUGGCUCCUACUCGGUGGUGCUGGCCGUUGACAGCUACUCGUACACGAGCCUUUCCCACAUCACUUUGAAUGUUCUCCGGAGAGCGCUCAGCCCGGAUUUCCGCAGAGCUUUCACAAGUGUGCCUUUGCAGACCACUGAUUUUAUCAUCCUGGCAGUAUGGGGGAUGCUGGCUGUAAGUGGAAUCACGUUACAGAUCCGAAGAGAGAGAGGGCGGCCGUUUUUCCCUCCGCACCCGUACAAGUUGUGGAAGCAAGAGAGAGAGCGCAGGGUGACGAACGUUCUGGACCCCAGCUACCACAUCCCUCCGCUGAGAGAGAGGCUCUCCAGCCGCUUAGCACAGAUCAAAGAGCUCUUCCAGAAGGAACAGCCCGCUGGGGAGAGAACACCACUGCUUCUGUAGAGCCGCAGGGGCCAGGCCAGUGAGCUGUGCGCUGGUCCCCAGGCCUGGCCGGGUCAGCUGUUGCCGGCGUGCGGCUAGUGGGUGACCGCGGGGUAAGUGUGUUCUAGAUAGUUAGGGUGUCCCCAAGCAGGAGAGUGAGGAAGGUCGCCCAAAAGUUGGUGGGGGAGAAGCAUUCCUUUAUUUCUGAACAUGGGAGAAAUUACCUUUUUGUUCACAAAUGUAUUAGCAAUGUGUUCCACUAAAUAGAUACACUAAAAGAAAACUACAAAAUGAACUGGAAAAACACUCAAUGUUUUCAGAGUUCCCUGGUGGUUCUUUUUGUAACUCCUUGGACAGUUCUUGCACCUGGGUCUGUCUGAGCUUGAGGGCUGUUGGAGUGACGUUAGGCUGAGUCUGAGCUCGAGGGGUGUUGGAGCUGAAUGUUAGGCUGGGUCCGCAUCGGCCGCCCUGCCUGGAGCUGCAGGGAUCUGCUACAGGGCCUGGGACCAUCAGGGGACAAGAGGGGUAACUCCUUUUCUUUCCACGGCAACCUGAUUUCUGAGUUGCAUGUCUUUGUCCGUAUCCUACCUUAUGGAAAAGGUACCUUUUGUGUGUUUCCUAGUAUUUAUAUUGCAACUUUUUAAAUUGUGAGAUGCACGUGGAACUUAGUACCUGACUCAUUUCUUAGUGUACGGUUCAGUAGGUCCCCUUUGUCUUUGCCUUUUAUUGCUGAAAAUGACCGUUUAAAUAGAUCAGUGAUUCAGUUGUUUGAAAAUGGGCUGGCUUAUGUUGGUGAGAGAAGCCUUCUGUGGAAGCUUUAUUUGUAUUCUAAAUAAGGGCCUCUGCGAUUUUGUUUUUGGUUUCCCCCCUCGAGCCCUUUUGCGAUGGUGUAUCAAGGACACCCAGGUGACUGUUCCUUCUUCACCUGUAGGGUCUUUAACAAGGAAGCUGUGGGAAGGUUGCCUUUCUAGUUCCUUGUCCUGAGUUGGCUGUGUUAGCACUGGUGAGAGAUGGAGUUUGUCAUCACUGAUUUUCUGGGUGAAGCCUUUGGGCUGUCUGUGUUUCACGGUGAUGGUCUGAGAGGCAGGAAGGAUUUGGGGGACCUGUGGGGCUGCACUCGGUUAGCACCUUGGGUUCUGCAAGGAGAGACCCCCUGGUUGCACUCUAAGGAAGCCCCUGAGCUCCAUGCUGCUUCUGAGGACCAGGGCCCGCCCUCCCAGCCGGCAGAGAGCUGGGUUGUUGUGUGCUGGGGUCAGCCUGUGGGAGCUGAGGUGCUUGGUGGUGUGCGGUACACAUCGGUGAGCAAACUGCUGCUUAGAGUGUCUGCAGAGUAUAGCCGACUUUGGAAGGUACUAGAAAAAUCGUCAAGCUUUUGCUUUUUAAAACAUUUUGGGAAGGAAAAAAAAAAAUUUAAAGACCAGAAAAUGAGUACCUUUUGCUGUUGAAAACCAGUGCGACUGAGUUAUCCUGUAAUUCUUACCGUCUGUAUCUUGAGUGAUGUUUAGACUUGAUGAGAAAUUGCUUCUGUAUGAUUGUAGGGACUCUGGCUUCGAUGUUUGUUCAUUCCAACAAAGUGCCAUGGCAUGUUUGUGAGCUGUCUGUGACACUGUCAGAACACAUUCCUACGGAGGACUGUAAAGGCAGGACAUGCAUUCCUGGGGAGGACUCACAGUGUUCCAGAAAUUUCCUGAUAAUUUGUAAUAAAAAGCAGUUUAUAUAAUUUUAUAAUAAAUUCCUAUUUUGAA